AUGUCAGUUCUUGAAGCCACCGAAGGUAUCGACAAACCCACAGCAGGUCCGUCAAAGCCGAGAAAACGGUUCGUGGGAAGCACGAAACCUUCCAACCGACCUAGGAGGGUAGCCAACCUCGUCCCGGAUGAUAUACUCCAUGAUCCUGUUCUGAACGCUGCUAUUGAAGAAUUACCAAAGAACUAUAACUUUGAAAUCCAUAAAACUAUCCAUCUUAUUCGUCGAGAUGGAGUCAAAAUUGUCGCUCUUCAAAUGCCAGAAGGUUUGAUGAUGUAUGGUUGUCUCAUAGCGGAUAUAGUUGAACAGUUCACAGGUGCAAUUCCUUUGUUACUCGCCGAUGUGACAUAUGGAGCCUGUUGUAUAGAUGAUUUUACUGCCAAGGAAUUAGGAGCAGAGAUGAUUGUACAUUAUGGUCAUUCUUGUCUUAUACCCGUCAAUCAAACAUCUUUGAAAACACUUUAUGUCUUUGUUGAAAUCGCUAUUGAUACCGAACACCUCGCCCUUUCCGUUCGAAGAAAUUUCCCCUCAUCACGUUCCGCCUUCCAUGAACAUGUCUUAGGUGCUGAAGAGACCACUUCAGGUAGUCGAAUACAUAUCUCCAUCGAGCCUCCCGACUUACCCCCAAGCCGAACCAUCACUUCUUCUCUUACUCCUGCGACGGAAUCGACUUCCCCUUCUCUCAACUCUAACUCAUCACCUAAAGAAGAUGAUAUUCCCACUCAUCUGGCAUUAGUCUCUACUAUUCAAUUCGUAGCCGCCGUUCAAUAUCUUCGUACAAAUCUCGAAAGUCCGCUUCCUCCAAUCGAAUCCCUCUCUUUGUCAGACGAAAACGACGCCAUCAUGCAUGUGCCCCCACGAGAUAGAGGUGUUUGGAGAGGUCAAUAUAAAAUCACCGUACCUCAGGUCAAACCUCUUAGUCCAGGUGAAGUCUUAGGUUGUACAGCUCCUAAACUAUCCGAUGUCGAUGCUCUCAUAUACGUAGGCGAUGGAAGAUUUCAUUUGGAAAGUAUAAUGAUUGCCAAUCCUACCGUCCCCGCCUUCCGAUACGAUCCUUACUCUAAGAAAUUCACUCGGGAGACUUAUGAACAUGGUGAGAUGCGUUCGGUCAGAGGGGAUGCAGUACAAGCUGCUAAGCGUGGCUUGGACCGAGGAGGGCCAGGAAGUUGGGCAAUCGUUUUAGGUACUUUGGGUAGACAAGGUAGUCUUAGUGUUUUAAAAACGAUACAAAAUUCUAUGCCUGAAGGUUCAAUACCACCUUUUAUGCUCCUCUUAUCAGAAUUAUCUCCACAGAAACUAGCCUUGCUAUCAGAGGAAGAAAUCACAACAUUUGUUCAAACUUCUUGUCCGAGAUUAUCGAUCGAUUGGGGAUAUGCUUUCUCAAGACCUUUGCUCAGUCCCUACGAAGCGAGCGUAGCUUUGGGACGUAUAAGGGGAUGGGGUGGAUUGAAGUGGGAUGAUGAAAAGAGAGAAGAGGGUAAAGGGGAUUAUCCGAUGGAUUAUUACUCGGAUACUUCACUUGGACCUUGGACGCCGAGGUAUCAACCUCCAAAAGUUGCGAAGAUUAUAGAUGCUACAGCAUGUUACAUUCAGUCCUCGUAG